CCAUUCCCUCCAAAAACAACGUCUAGUAGAGUACACACGCUUGUGCAGACCCUUUAGAGUUUAUCCAAGAAACUCAAAAACUAUCAAACACUUUCAAGAUUUUCCAAGAAAUCAUAAUUAUCAGCCACUUUCGACAAAACCAAGCACAACCCUUUUGUUUUUCGCUGAUUUCAAGAAAUCCCAUGAUGCUCAAAUCUCUAUUCCACCUCUCAAACCCCCUCACGCGCCACCCCACGCGCCGCCCCUUCAAAGAUUUCUACUCAGAAUGGCUCCGAACCCUCAAACACACACUCAUCCCCCUCCUCCGCCGCUCAUUAUCCUCAGAAUCAUCUUCUUCGGCGACCCUCUUGUCGAAACAUGUGGAGAUGAUUCACCAGCACUUUGUGGUGUACUAUGAUGCUCUUGACAAUGCUGCAUCAAACGACGUCGCUCAGCUGUUGUUCCCCGAGUGGCGAAGCGCCUGUGAAAAGCCCUUCCUCUGGUUAGGUGAUGUGCACCCUUACUUGUUUGCUAAACUUGUUAGGCAAUUUCUUGAUGACCCUGAUGAUGAAAUUGAUGAUAAUUGUAAUGUGCUUCAUGUCGGUGACAUUUCGGGUAUCUUGAAUGAGAAUUGGCAUGUUGUGAAUGCUUGGAAUAGUCCUAGUAAGGUUUUGAUCACACGAAUUGAUGAAAUUGAGCGAGGGUUGAGGCUGAUUGUGCCCGCAUUGGUGGUUAGGGCGCGAGAGGCGCAGGGGGUUUUGGUUGCGAAAUUAGGGGAGGAGUGGGGAAAGAGUGAGGGGGACAAGGGGGUAGUGGCCGAGGCGGUGGAGGGGAAUGUGGAGGAGAUGGUUAGUGUUUUUGUGGAUGCUAAUAGGAUUAGGAGGAGUGUGCUUUCAGAGAUUAUUAGUGUCACUAGUGUUUAUCAGGCUGCCUUUUUUCUUGAGGCUUUAGCCCAAUUCCUUGUUGGGUUUGGGGAUAAGAAAUUGGUUUCGGAGUUUAGGAGAUGUAAAUUUCCGGUGGAUAGUUGAACAUUUAAAUUAGGAGUUUGUGUGUUGUGAUUUCUUGGUAAUCUUGGAGUUAAAGGCAGAGGUCUGCAUAUGAAGAAACUCUCUUAUGGAUCAUACACAAGGAAAGGGUGCUUUUGGAGUUUUGGACAGAGUGGUGUAGAUCUUCAAUACGAUACUAAUAUGGUAUCAUAUUUUAUCUUGUCAUUCGCAAGUGUUAUCUUAUUGCUUGGUCUUAGGUUUAAAAGAUAUGUUUGAUAGGAACGUUAAUGUUGACAUAGUUCCUUAAUCUAUUAUUUUGUUUCACAUUCCUGUUUUUGUACUGAAUGAGGCAACUGACAUAUCGAGUACCUUAUGACAUGAAAGAAAUGUACAGGCCCCAACAAGGAUGUAUUUUGUUAACUAGUGAAUGCAUGUCUGUUGCUAUAGUGAAAAUUUAUUGCUUAAAGUCGCUGAAGUUUGUUUGCUUUAUGUUAUCGAAUAAGUAUUCGUAGAAUGUUGAAAGUAAAAAUCUGUAGAAAUCUGUAAUAUGUUCUAUAUAUCCUUGUAAUGCUUGUACAUCUGAUAAUCUCGAUGCUGAUCAUGGUUGGUCUUGGUGUUUCCCUCAUUUAAAUUACUGGACUUGAGAAAUAGUAGAAGAGAAUUGCCCAGGAUUUUUUUUGCUUAUUUAUUAAUUUAAUUAUGUUCUGUAAUGUUUGGAUUAACGUAGUCAAUCAGGAGUUAGAAAAGAGAAGUCUAGGAGUCAUUUGAGCAUGCUAUGUGUUAGUAUUUAGUAAGCCUAUCUAGUGAAGACUUUAUAUCAGGUUUGUUAUGAAAUUAGAAAAUUCGAAAUCUAUCUGUUUCCCUAAAAUUUUCUGUUCACCCCGAAUACAUCUCUUCUCCCUUCAAUAUGAUAUAGCAGGGGGCCAUUCAAAUCCUUUAUGCCACCAUUAAGACCCAAUGUUAUAUAUCUUAUUCAAGUCGGAAUGUAAAUAUAUUCUAAGUAGUAUAGUUGUGGCUGCAGAUGACUCUAGUUGUAUUAUAAUCAAUGAAGAAAACUUUGUACUGACUUUACUAUCCAUAAAUGACCAAAUUUGAGAGAUGUUCAUCAACACAGGUAUUAAGGAAUCAAAUUUGUAUUUAUAGUUACAAUAAAAAGCAAAAAACGACUCGGGAAAACAAUAGGAAUGAUAUUAAUAAGACAAACAAAUAGAGAGAUACAAGCAAAUAUGGAAUCACGACCUAUUCCCAAACCAUGGAAAUAAGUUGUAACAAUAGAACAAGUUCUAAAUCCUUGUGUAGAUUAUCUUAAGGGCUAGUGGUUGAUGGUGGUGGAGUGAAGAAUGGAAUAGAAGGCAUAGUUGUAGGAAUAUUGAUAGAUGGAAAGGAAGGCAUUGUGGUGGGAAUGGUUGGGAGUGAUGCUGGCAAAGGAGGCAGUGUCACCUUGGGGAUUGUAGUAGGCAUAGUUGGUAGAGACGGUAUUGUUGGAAGAGAGGUAGUUGGCAUUGGUGGCAGUGCUGCUGCUUUGGGAAGGCUUGGCAUUGCAGGAAGUGGAGGUAAUGUGACCUUAGGCAGAGUCGGCAUGGUUGGCAGUGUUGGAAUAGUUGGCAUCGUCGGUAAUGUUGGAAUAGCUGGCACUGUUGGCUGUGAAGAUUGCAUCAAGUGGCGUGCUGCAAAGCUCACCUCCAAGCUUGAAAUCGAUAGGGCUAGGACGAAAGCUAGGACAAGGUUGUGGUUGA